GGGAUCAGUAAAUCGUACAUACAGAUAUACCACAAUGAUUUGAAUCAAUGACUGAGUGCAACUCAUGAGAGUGGGGAAACCUUCCUCUUCAGACAGCUAUCCAAUGUUCAGCACCAAGGGCAGGACUGUGUAGAAUACAUAAGGCAGAACAUAUAAAACAGUAAGAAGGACUACCUGAAGGCUUGUGAAAGACUGGUGAAAGAUUGUCGUGAAGCAGAGCCAUGCAGAGGCAUCACUGGAAGGUGUGGCUACUCCUCAUUGUGUGCAUCUUUUGGGACACCGCCACCGUGGUCGGCUGUCCGGAAAGAUGCAUCUGUGAUAGCUCGGAGAAGUCAGUGAGCUGCAAGCGGACAAAUUUCAACUCCAUCCCUGGCGGGAUCCCGCACAACACCAAACAUCUCAACCUGCAGACAAACCGUCUCAAGGGAAUCCCCGCCAAGACAUUCUUUGACUUCCCCCAGCUCGAGACCCUCAAUCUUAACGACAAUAAGAUCCAGAUGCUGGCAAGCGGAGCCUUUCUUGGGUUGCCACGAUUACAGGAGCUGAAGCUGAGUGGGAAUAACCUCCAGCUGGUAGGUAACAGUGAUGUUCUGCGUGGAGCGUUCCGAGGUUUGCAGAACGUGACACGGCUGGAUCUGGACAGGAACAAGCUGGUGGUGCUACUGGACCACUCCUUCUCCGGCAUGAACAACCUGGGCUACCUGGACCUGGGAGAGAACCAGAUCAUCUUCAUAGGAGACAAGGCCUUCAAGGGACUGUCCAAGCUCAAGAACCUGUACCUCAUGCGCUGCAGAUUUACCAAGAUGAGCUACAUGACGAAGGCCCUGCGCUACGUGCCAUCCCUGGAGUUCCUACGUAUGCAAUCCUUCCCUAUCGACGUCCUCCCAGAGAACGCCUUUCCCAGCCUGCCAUACCUGAAGUCCCUGGACCUGGGCCUGUGGCGUAGUCUGCGAGCCAUCCAUCCACAGGCCUUCAAUGGUCUCAACAUCACGGUCCUGAACCUAAACAACGGUAACCUGACCAACAUCCCGACACGCGCCCUGCAGAAGCUGCCCCGCCUCAAGGAGCUGCACCUGUCCCGAAACGACAUCAAGGUCAUCCGGGCUAACGACUUUGUGGGGCUGGGCAAACUGGAGAUGUUGGUACUCACACACAUGCAGCUGGAAGUAAUUCAGGAGUUUGCAUUUAGCAGCCUGAAUAACCUGAGGAGAUUAGACCUCUCCAACAACAACCUCAAGACGCUGCGCAGAACCAGCUUCAGCCUCAAAAAGCUCCCCGAAAAGAUGAUCCUCGACAACAACUUGUGGAACUGUAACUGUGACUUGAAGUGGAUCCUGUCUAGUUACGAUGUUGGGGACGUGUCCAUCAAGUGCGACAGCCCGUCUUCGUGGCGCGGCGUGGACAUACUUAGGUUUAUCAGGAAGCCAACAGCUACGCCAAAGAACUACACAGAGCUGAUGACCUGCACAGAGCCGAAGCUUGUCAUGCAGAGACGGGCGAUCAGCGUAACGGCAGGACAGGACGUUCCUUUACGAUGUCCUGCCAAGGGGAAACCCAGCCCCACAGUGAACUGGGUCAUCCCUAAGGGUGUGACUGUGACAGUGGGCAGGCCAUACAGGAAGACGAGUCUGAACAACAAGGGGACGUUGUUGAUACAGAGGAUAUCUCAAUACGAUGCCGGGCGGUACAAAUGUCUCGCCUACAAUGGUGGGGGGAAUGCCACGGACAGUAUCGAGGUGACCGUGAUUGGUCAGCUGGGUCCAGGAAAGGCGGGACUGGCAGGCCCCACGCCUCGCCCACCCGAUCACCUGACCUUGCUCCUGGCGACCUUGAUGGGGUCGUUGACAUUUCUGGGGGUCGUGAUCUUCUGCUGCUCCAUCAUCUUCCUGUGGAGCCGGGGUUAUAAGCAGGGCAAGCAGGCCUUUAUGAUGGAACUGGCCUUUGUGCCACGGGGAAGUGAUGAGGGAGGAAAGGCCAAGUCAGGCGGUGGCCCCCUGGCAACAAAUGUCAACUUCAAAAGAGCAAGAUGAGAAAUGUUUCCAGAGAAUGAAGCUUAAGAAGAGUCUUUGAUUCAUCACAGAAGACAUUCCAGCCUUUCUUCACCAGACAACCUCAACUCAAGCUUUAAGGCACAGACAAAACAAGAACGGUUUGAUGACAAGACAUUACAGUAUAAGACUAAAAUGGUACAAUUAUAACAGAAAAUUGCAGACAAUGCCAGAAUGAUAACAUUCUAAAACAGCGCGAGGCAGACACUGUUGAAGUAGUGCAUAAACAGGACUUAAAACAGGAGAAAAAAAGCCGAAAGAAAGAUACAAUACAGGAAUAAAACAUAACAUGGAAAACAACAUGCCAUAGACACUCAAAUAAGCAAUUUUGUUCCCUUUAUUGACGGCAUGGCUACCAAAUGACCAACAUUAUGUCCAGUGAAAAUUUACAACCUGAUUUUUACAAAUUACAAGACAACAAAUUUUGUUGGACAGCUUUGCAUUUCAACUUGUUACUACAAUGAUGCUAUAUGUUCUUCUCGGUGACACCUUUAUUUGCUUCACUACAAUGUACUUGAAUGUAAAGUAUUGAGUUUUCUGACAAAUAUGCUACAGAUCUGGAAUUUGUGGCACUGGUGUCUAGAUCUCUUCAACUUCAAACUGAUCAUGAGCAGUAUCUAUUAUCAAAACAGAUGAACAAUUUUUUUAGAGGUCUGUCUUGUACUAGGUAAACAGUCUGUCAUGCCACCAGAGACUAAUAUAAAAUUAGACUGCAGAAUCUCUACAUUCAAAAUCACUCCUGAUCAUAACAUCAAAAACCACUGGUUGGUUGCGUUCCUUCCUCUAUAGUGCAACUGUAUAAUGCAGAAAGAUGU